AUGCGGCGCUCGGCAUUUUGUCUGCAAUCGGGGGCGCUCGCGAUCUUGAUCAACGCCGUCAGUACACGCCGGGUUGAGCUGGGGCCUGAGGAUGUUUACAAGAUCUGCGCCCUCCUCAAGACAAAGGAGGAUGCGCUGCUGUUGCAGAAGAAUCGUGCCUUUCUUUCUGGGUUGCACGCGGAGUAUCAAAAGAUGGAUCCAGACGCCGUGACGCCAUUUCAGCGAACAUUCAUUGAUGGUGUGUUUGCCGCUCUUCCGUCAGCUUUGCUAACUUCUUCCGAUCCCUCCUAUUCCUCUCCCAGUUGCAUAGAUGAUGAACGGGGAGCAAGGAACUCUGAUGUGGCAGCUGUGUCCGGCAAGCAGAAUCAACCAUGGUCGACAGUGACAACGACGAAAGAAACCUGCGCAAAUGGCUUUGCAACAGACAUCAACAACACCAGUAAUGAUGAGAACAACAGCACCAGUAGCGGUGAUAACACAGCCAUCUCAAGAGGGAAUGCGGUGGUCAGAUCAGAUGAGGAGCCGACCGUUGAGGAGCGGAUUGCCGCCAUUUGGGAGGUGGUGCAGGAGUACCAAUCCACCAACUUUCUGGGUACCGAUGGCAGCCAGAAAAUUCAAAAACACUGCAAAGCAUUGGAGCUCCAACUACGUCAGAUGAAACCAUUCGAAGUUGCAUCCCUGGUACGAGCACUUGCUACAGUAAACUAUCAGGACUAUACCUUCACAAAUCUUAUUGCUCGUCGCGGAUGUGAAGUGGCGUCAAAGCUCUCCCUAUCCGAGCUUUGCAGAACGUAUUUCAACCUGAGCAAGUUACAAAGCCAUGAUUCGAUGGUUGCAUUUGUGAACCAAAUUGAAGCUCAAAUGGAUAAGUUACGUCACGAACAGAUUCAGUUUGUCGCCAUGGCACUCGAGAGACAACCACAGAUUGCCUCUGCUCCAGCACGUAUGGUUCCCAAACUCCUUGCGCGGGCUGUGUCUCAUUUCUCCGAGGUAGAUAGUGUGCUAUACCAUCGAGCAUUAUUAAUUGUGGCAGCACGUUACAACUUAUCACGUCAUCCGGCGGUAUUGAAAACAAUUCAGGACUCCUCCAAGCAUUUGGAAAACAUUGCUGAACGUGAUCUUCUUGCGAUUCUACACUCCCUUGUCGAUCUUGGCAUUCCUGCUGGUACCCCAGGAUUAGCAGAGCUACUCGGCAAGGCGGAGGCUAUCGUCACCAUCAUAGAUAUUCGUCAUGUGGAUGUUCUUAUGGACAUUCUCUCGGUGCUUCCCAUUGACACCAGCGGCAUCAUGACCAAAUUGAUGGAUCGACUGAUUGUAGAUGGAGGCAAAUUGUCUAUACCGCAGAUAACCUUUAUUAUGGACCUACUCUCGAGUUAUCCUCCAGCAAAGGAUAACGCAUGCGUUGCAGCACUUGCCUUUUCCGCCUCUCUCCGCGCCGAGUCUUUUGAUAGAGAAGCGUUGGAGCAGGUGGUAUUAAGCCUUGCCCAGUUAAAUCAGUUUUCAGACGAUUUUUAUACAUUGGUAUCAGUUCUGCAGAAGAAUAAGGGUGGCUUCCGUAGUUUUGACAACUUUGCCAGUCUGAUGAAGUGGUGCUCGCGAGAAGUGGCGUUAGAUGUGAGGGGUCAAGAAAUGAUCACCAAAGGAAUUUUGGGCCUGGCACCCUCCAUGAAUGAUGAACAGCUUGCUGAGGCUCGUAAACUGUUGACACAGCUUGGUGUGAAUGACAAGAAUGUUCAUCAAAUGAUAUUCCGUCGUGCCAAGCAGUUGCAACGCGAGUCCGGAAGCCGUUGGACUCGGCGAGGUUACAGCAGUGCCACCGAUGAUUUUACAUAG